AUGGCCUUGAUUGCGUGGGUGACGCAGUCUUUGUUUCUUUCUGUGGCUAUAUUCCUCUUGCUGGAAGAGGAAUCUGUUUUACAUGCACGAAGAGACUUGUUGUGCCUCAAGGUAACGGAGGGGGCCACGCGAGAAAACAAACAGCCUCAUUCUAUCGAGAGCUCGGAGAGCGAUUUACGACGAAGUUGCAAGAUAAACAAAACUACAAAAUGGCCAGUUCCUUUCGGAGGGCUGUCUGUCGCUCAUAUGAGCCUUACUCUUUUGGUUUAUGGACUAAAAACCCACAACAAAUCUGUCUCUUCGGUUCUACUUGUUGUUUAUACUUCCUGCUGGGCGCUGACUUCUAUUCUUCUGCUGGUGAAGCUGGGCUAUUAUUUGUCUCCAGGGCAUUUCUUUCUUGAAACAACAGGGAAGAGCGGUUUUUUGUUCACUUUAUUUACUUUAGCGUGGAAUAAGCUCGGGACAAUUUUUGCAUCGGCUCUACAGAACAUUUUUGGAGUUGCAUCUACUGACGAAAAGAAAGAGGCUUUCGAACAAUAUCUAUGUUCAUCUGAACUGGAAUACGCAGCUCUCGAACAAACUAGUGUAAACCUAUCUCGUAUUAUUGUUGCUUCGUCGACUGCCUACCUCAUUUCAAGUAGCUUCACUCUUUUUCUUAUUCUAGUUCAAGACGAGCAUUUUGAGCCAGUUUUAAACCAAGUGAUGAGAAGCACAGGACCACCAACAUUAUGUGAUGGACCAGGGAAUCCAAUAAGGGAUAAUGUUGAUAUGACAGGGAAGGAUGCUGAACAGCUUUUAAAUGGAAGAAAAUAUAAAUCUGCAUUACGAAAAAAUUCCUGUCGCGUCUUGAACAAGAACGAAUUGGUCGUGUCCUUUCUGGAGGACGAAAGCGACGAGGACUCUUUUGUAUUUGGCUGGCGAUUGUGA